UGGACAGAGCAGGAACUGACGAACAGCCGCAAAAACAGAAAGCACUGCGCAUGCUUCGGCACACUAUGGGAGCUCAUGUGAUUGACAUCAGCCCCAGCCCAAUAGGAGGGAAGGGGGCAGUGCUGGAGGACCGAACGGUAGCAGCGUGUCCUCCAACCAAUCGGAGCGAGUGAGGGGCAGUAGUGCGAAUGGAAGACGGCUGGAAGCCGGAGGAAAAUGGUGUUGGACAUUAAUUUGCAGAGCAGGAUCUCAUAACCAGUUGUACCAGACGCAGUGGAAUCAUCAAGGUCCGAAAAUCAUUGGCAUUUAACUGUGGAAGGAAAGAGGUUAUUUUGCAAUGAGAGAUUUCAAAUGAAACCACAUCCAGAUCUGAUGGUCAGUCUGUUUGUAAUAACCUAAUUAUCUCAGGAGUUUGAAAAUUGAAGGCAAAAAAGCAGUGUUCACAUUGGGAAGAAACACAGAUGGUCUGUGUAUGGAAGAGUCUGUGAAGAUUCAUCUGAAAUGUCCAAACACCAGCACAGUGACACUGGGGAGAGAUUGUGGAAAUGUGAGAAUUGCGGGAAGGGAUUUCUUUACCCAUCCCAGCUGGAAAUGCACCAACGCAGUCACACUGGGGAGAGACUGUGGAAAUGUGAGAAUUGCGAGAAGGGUUUUCUUUACCCAUCCCAGCUGGAAAUGCACCAACGCAGUCACACUGGGGAGAAACCAUUCACCUGCUCUGAUUGUGGGAAGGGAUUCACUCAGUCAUCCAGCCUGCGGAUACACCGGCGUGUUCACACUGGGGAGAGACCAUUCACCUGCUCCCAGUGUGGGAUGGGAUUCACUCAGUCAUCCCACCUACAGACCCACCGGCGAAUUCAUAGUGGGGAGAGACUGUUCACCUGCUCCCAGUGUGGGAUGGGAUUCACUCAGUCAUCCAACCUGCGGAGCCACCAGCGGGUUCACACUGGGGAGAGACCAUUCACCUGCUCUGCUUGUGGGAAGGGAUUUGCUCGGCCAUCCAGCCUGCUGAGACAUCAGCAAGUUCACGAUGGAGAGAGACUGUUCACUUGCUCCCAGUGUCGGAUGAGAUUCACUCAGCUAUCCAGCCUGCGGAUACACCAACGCAGCCACACUGGGGAGAAACCGUUCACUUGCUCCGAUUGUGGGAAGGGAUUCACUUUGUCAUCCAGCCUGCGGAUUCACCAGCGAAUUCACACUGGGGAGAGACCAUUCACCUGUUCUGAAUGUGGGAAGGGAUUCGCUCAGUCUUCCAGCCUGCGGAAACACCAGCGAGUUCACACUGGGGAGCGACCGUUCACUUGCUCUGUCUGUGGAAAGGGAUUCAUUCAGUCAUCCCACCUACAGAUACAUCAGCGAGUUCACACUGGGUAGAGACUAUUCACUUGUUCUAUAGGUGGGAAGGGAUUCACUCUGGUAAUCCAAACUGUUAUUACACCAGUGAAAUGACACUUUGUGUAAAAUAGUUUGCUGUUUGCAAACACCAGCAAAUUCGCAAAGAACUGUGGGUGAAGCGUUUUGCUUUUAAUCUCACCAAGGAAAGAACCUUGGUCAUUGGGCCAUUUGUAUUGAUGUUCUUAAACCCAGCUCUAUUAAAGGUGCUGAUAUUGUAGAUGAAAUGUUGAUACAAUUGCGUAUCUGCAUGGUAAGUUUUAGAAGUGAUCACAACGUCACUGUACAUCAACACAUUUACAUUGGGUAAAGACUGUCCACUUGCAUAUUGUUUGUAAAGUGAUUUUGUGGUUCAUCGGGACUAGUUAAACAGCAAUGAGUUCCCUAGUAACUGUCAAUGUUGGAUUUGGAUGCUAUUGUUAUCUAUAUCCAAACCACGCUUCCUGGACCUGUUUCUGAUAACGUUUAUAAACACUACAUGUUCAUUGACCUAUUUAGGAUGGAAAUAAUACAAAUCAACUUUUCGUUAAAA